CUCUGGUCGAUAACGUCUCUGAGUGGCUCAUGGUUUAUUUUAAGGUAUAGACGGACGUUCUUUAACCGACAUGAUCAACAUCUAGACUCUGUCUUAUCAGUUGCGUCGCUGUAGCUUAUAUUUACCAUUUUCUCCCAAUUUUUGCACCAGAGAAACCUGCAGUCUGCCAACCACUUUUUAUUACACUCUAAGAGGAACUGCAAAUUUUGCGGCUUUUAGAAGUAUUUUUUGGCAAUAAUCCUUGCAUUUAACGGUCUUUUCGUAGUCCGCGGACAUAAUUAAUCGCAGGUAUUCGUUCGUCCGACAAGUUUUUUUCUUGUUUUUCUUUUUUUCCAUUUUUUUCGUUUUAUUAGACGUUUUUUGGCGUUCCUUUUUAUUCCACUGAAUUAAUCACUACUCAAAAUGUGUGGUAUUUUGGCUAUUCAUCACGUUGAAGGCGAUAUCCAGGCUUUCAAGCCCAAGGCUUUGCAUCUUUCUAAGCAAAUCCGUCACCGUGGCCCUGACUGGUCCGGUAACUGCAUCCGUAAGCAAUCUAUCUUGUGUCACGAGCGUCUUGCCAUUGUCGGUGUCGACAGUGGUGCUCAACCUCUUGUUUCCGACGACGGCAAGCUUGUUUUGACUGUCAACGGUGAAAUCUACAACCACAUUGCCCUUCGUGAGUCUUUGAAGGGUCAAUACGAGUUCAAGACCCACUCCGACUGUGAGGUUAUCCUUUAUCUUUACCGUGAGCAUGGACCCGCCUGUGCUGACAUGCUCGACGGUAUGUUCUCGUGGGUGUUGUACGACGAGAACAAGGACAAGGUUGUCGCUGCCCGUGACCCCAUUGGUAUCACUACCCUUUACCAAGGUUUCUCCUCCAAGAGCCCUGAGACUGUCUACUUUGCUUCUGAGCUCAAGGCCCUCCACCCCGUGUGUGACAAGAUCAUUGCCUUCCCUCCUGGUCAUUUCUUCGACUCUGAGACUGGCGAGACGACCCGCUACUUCAACCCCUCCUGGUGGGAUGAGAACCGCAUUCCCAGCAACCCCAUCGACUACAAGCUUCUCCGUACAACUUUGGAGAACUCUGUCCGCAAGCGUCUUAUGGCUGAGGUUCCUUACGGUGUCUUGUUGUCUGGUGGUUUGGACUCCAGUUUGAUUGCUUCCAUUGCUGCCCGCGAGACCAAGAAGCUUGCUAACGCUUUGGAGGACAGUUCCGAGGAAGCUCGCACCAUCACUGCCUGGCCCAGACUUCACUCCUUCGCCAUUGGUUUGCCUGGCUCCCCCGAUCUUGUUGCUGCCCGUAACGUCGCCAAGUUCUUGGGUACUAGCCAUCACGAACACACCUUCACUGUCGACGAGGGUCUUGACGCCGUUCGCGAUGUCAUCUACCACUUGGAGACCUUUGAUGUCACCACUAUCCGUGCCAGUACCCCUAUGUAUCUUUUGUCUCGUAAGAUCAAGGCUCAAGGUGUCAAGAUGGUUUUGUCUGGUGAGGGAUCCGACGAGAUCUUCGGUGGUUAUCUCUACUUUGGUAACGCACCCAGUGCCGCCGACUUCCACAGCGAGUGUGUCCGCCGUGUUAAAAACUUGCAUCUUUCUGAUUGUCUCCGUGCCAACAAGUCUACUAUGGCUUGGGGUCUUGAGGCUCGUGUCCCCUUCUUGGACAAGGAGUUCCUUGAGGUUGCUUUGAACAUUGACCCCAAGGAGAAGAUGUACACUGCCGAGCGCAAGGAGAAGUACAUUCUCCGCAAGGCCUUCGAUACUUCUGACGAUCCUACUGCCCAGCCCUACCUUCCCAAGGAGAUUCUCUGGCGUCAAAAGGAGCAAUUCUCUGAUGGUGUCGGUUACUCUUGGAUUGAUGCCCUUAAGGACACUGCUGAGCUCCAAAUCAGCGACGAUCAAAUGGCCAACCCCAAGGCUGAGUGGGGCGACGAUGUUCCUCAAACUAAGGAAGCAUACCUUUACCGUCUUAUGUUUGAUGAGCUCUUCCCUCCUCAGUGUGCAAGCACUGUUAUGCGCUGGAUUCCCAAGGCUGAAUGGGGUUGCCCUGCUGAUCCUUCUGGUCGUUACCAGGCUGGUCACAUUGCUGCCAUCAAUUAAAAAAAUCCGACAUGCGCGUUUCCCUUUCCGCGUCCGAGCACCCAAAUAAUGUAUUUCUUUCGUGUUUAAACAGCCUUCGCUGCGAUAGGUUCCCGUAUAUCUCUAGAGGAAAGGAAUUUGUUUUUCAAUGAAAUCUCUGUUACUAGUUUUUGGUUUCGAAACUUAAGCACUGUAAGAUGUUCCAGAGAGUUUGUAGAGGUGUAUGUCUGUAUAUUGCGAGGGAAGUUGGUUCUAUGAGAAGUACAG